AUGGAUGAAUCAGUGCUGCUGGAUUUGCUGGAGUGUCCCGUGUGCCUGGAGCGUCUGGACGCCUCUGCAAAGGUUCUCCCCUGUCAGCACACCUUCUGCCGCAGAUGUCUUCAAGGCAUCCUAGGCUCCCGCGGUGAGCUGCGCUGCCCAGAGUGCCGGACUUUGGUGGAGUGUGCCGUGGAUGAACUCCCCAGCAACAUCCUGCUUGUGCGCCUGCUGGAUGGCAUCAAGCAGAGACCUCGGAGGGCUGGCUCUGGGGCUGGACGAGGGGGGAGGCAGAGCAGAGGCGGGGGCGCACUCGAGUCGUAUGUGGCAGGGCUUUCAUGAUCUCCUCCGGGGGAAUCCAGAGGCGUUCCCAGGCCAGCCGAGAAACAUAGUCCCUCCAGCGGUGUCCCUCAGCUGCCUUGUGCCAAAGCACUGUACAACUAUGAUGGCAAGGAACCAGGAGAUCUCAAAUUCACGAAGGGUGACAUCAUUAUCCUGCGCCGGCAAGUGGAUGAAAACUGGUACCAUGGGGAGAUGGGAGGAGUGCAUGGCUUUUUCCCCACCAACUUUGUACAGGUCAUCAAGCCGCUGCCGCAGCCGCCGCCUCAGUGCAAAGCUGUCUAUGACUUUGAGCUCAAAGACAAAGAGGCUGACAAGGACUGUCUGCCCUUCUCUAAGGAUGAUAUUCUGACUGUAAUCCGUAGAGUUGAUGAAAACUGGGUAGAGGGAAUGCUGGGAGAUAAAAUAGGAAUUUUUCCCAUCUCGUAUGUGGAGUUCAACUCUGCAGCUCGUCAGCUUAUAGAGUUGGACAAGCCGUCAGACCCGAAUGGAGACUCUGGUGAGGGGGCCUCCUUGGGUCCUCAGGGCAAUGGUGCCCAGCGGGCAGGGGAGAAGAAGAACAGCAAGAAACGACAUUCCUUCACUUCUCUCACUAUGUCCCACAAACCCAUGCUAGCUCCGCCCCCACAGCGUCACUCCAUGGAAAUAAGUGGGCCGGUCCUUAUCAGCUCCAGCAACCCCACAGCAGCCGCACGCAUCGGGGAGAUCAGUGGGGGGCUUUCCAGCAGCGCACCUUCACAGUGUUUCCAGACAGAUGCUAUGCUGCUGCAGUAA